AUGUCGGAUAGUUGCAACCAUCAAACCAUCCGUUCUUUGGGCACUACGCACUUCGAACCCAUCCAAGGAAGGAAGCGCGUUCACUUUGCGUUCACUCCGCAGACCUCAGUAGUCGAGGGGUUCACGGGCAUCGACAAGCUCGGGUCGGAGCUGGAGAACCCUCAAAGCAAGAACUUGCACAACCUAGCCACGGCCGUGAAGAUCCGGCCUGAGCGCCUCAGCGUCGAGGUCAACGUCCUCAACUUCGCUAUCAUCGAUCCCGCUCAUGUCGAUGAGAUUGCUCAUUCCUCACUGGGCCUUCGAACAAGGAGGCGCCGGCUGCCCGGAAGACUAUAUGAGACGUGGUCGGUAGACACGGAGGUGAUGAUGCCGGUGAAUAGCUGGGCCUCCAAUUUAGGAGGCGCCGGUCCCGGUCAUCAGCUAUCCCUGCCAUGGUCGAUGUGCAGAGCGGAGGUUCGUUCCGACCAAGCUGCUUCUAUAACACGAGCUAACUACUACGGAAGGGUGAAGAUGAUGCCGGUGAUCAGCUGGGCCUCCAAACUAGGAGGCGCCGGUCCCGGGCCAUCGACCAUCUCACACAUGGUCGAUGUGCAGAACGGAGGGUCCCUCGACCUAUCCUUCUAUCUCGUCUACUCUUGA